UUCUUACUUACUGGGUGGGUAGAUAUUGUAAAAAAAAUUGAGCGAAAUCGAAAGACAUGACUUUCAAAAUCGCACUUUUUUGGUCGAAUUGACAUGGAAUGACUCUGAGGGUUGAGGUAAGUAGAGGUACUGGUACACCUACUGAAGAAAUUUAGUUUAAUACAUACAGGGUGUGCAAAAAUAUCGAGUACCCCAAAGAAAGUGUUGUUUGUUGAAAAUAAUAGAUUGGCAACGUGAAAUAGAUACGUAUGAAUUGUGGCCAACUGAAACAUUUAGCAAUUAGCAGAAAACUUGGGGGGGGAGGAAUCGAUAUUUUAUGCACUUGCACACCCUGUAGGUACUCAUAAAAUGCUGAUCAUAAAUAUUGCAACCAAAAUCCGAAUUUGAAAUAUGUACACAAAUUGAAUUCAAGGUACUUGAACUUGUGUGUACUUGUUGAUAAGUUGUUGCCCUAGCAACCAAUCGCUUUUUAUCACCGGACCGUUCGAAUUAAAAGUUGAUACCCAAAUACAGUAGGUAAUAUCGUCCUCGUCGAUAUGGAUCGUCCAAAAACAUCUAAGCAAAAUGAAGAUCAAAAUUUUGAGGGAAUCAAAGGUCGUCCAUCUUCAAGAAGAGGAAUUCGAACAGCUCAAAGAGAACCUACUGCCCAAGGUGCUCGUACUGAGAGACCAAUUAGCAGAGCAGCAUCGUCAAUUAACAGUCAAGAUGGUGGUUGGAGACCACCUUCGGGAAUCGCCCGAAUUCAAGGCACCGCUUCUCGACUUAUCUCUACCGCUUCUCAGUCUCAACAAAAAGGCCUUUCUCGAGCCAUUUCUCCUCCACGUUUAGAUAACCAAGUAAAUGUAACCGAUCGUUUAAUAACUCAACAAGGUUUGAGCAGCAGAGCUAAAAGUACAGCGACAGCUUUGAGAGGUCCUGGAAGACGUCAGGUUCUAGAUAAACGUUAUUUCGAAGGAUUACUGCAGUUGAAAAUUAGAGAACUUACUAACGAAAUAGCUUCGAUUCGAAAAGAUACCGAAAACAGCAAUAAGGAACGAGAAGCUUUUUUAAUUUACGAUAAACAAAAUAAAGAACUAGCCAAAGAACUGACUGAACUUCAAGGAACGUUGGCAGAUUAUAAUUUGGUUAUGGAUAGGUUACAUACAGGCACAGAAUUGGCAGAUAUUGAAGCUGAAUAUCAAUCUUUGAAAGCUACCAAUGAUGCAGAACAUGUUAAACUGGAACAGCUUUUUGCCGAAAGGACACAAAGACAGCAACAAAUACGUCAAGUUGAAGAGGAUAUCCAAAAGGAAAGGCACGUAGCAGAAAAACUUGUCGAAACAAUGCCACCGGAAAUGCGACAAAAAUAUGCUGAAUUAUCGGAUACUAAUUUGAAACUGCAAGAGGUUAUCAAUAGAAUGCAAGAAGAGCUUGACACCAUCACGAAAGAUAAAGCGCUCUUUCAACAGCAAUUGUACAAUAAUUCCUUGAAGCAAGAAGCAGUAAAAUUGGAAUUAAAACUUUUAGAAUUAGAAGAAAAACGUAAUAAUUUGGUUGCCGAAGAAAACGAUAAUAACCCAAACAACCUACAGCAGAAAUAUCUCAAUCAAGUGAAAGAAGAUAAUACCGAAAUAGCCACCAUGGAACGUUCCAUGAAUCAACUAAACGAAGAAUUACAAAAUUACGAAAAACAGCUGGAGCAAGUUGACCAGGAUUUGGAAGAAUGCCAAAGUGACAGACAUAAAAAAUAUUUAGAGCUUCGCAAACGAGAAGAAACCAUCGAAUCGUUUUUAUCUACGUACGAAGAAACUAAAAAUUUAGAGCUAGAGAAUUUGCAAGAAUUGAAAUCUGUCAUCGUAAAAACCAUGUUCAAAAUGAGCAAAUUUUUACUAACAAUGCCACCGACGGAAAACGAGUACGAAUUAAUUAACAAGGAAUUGACUUUAAUUGACAGCGGUGAUUCGAAAGGACAACAAUCUUUACUCAUACAAUAUAAGCAGAAACAGCUGUAUUUAGAAAAGUUGCAAGGUUUAGAAUCAAAAUUGAAAGUCGAAAUUGAUAAUUUGCAAGAAAAAAUGGAAAAAGCUCGACAAGAGCUUUCAGUCUACACAAACCUUGAUCAUCUCAAAGACCAAGCAGAGAAUCAAAGAAAAGAACUGUUACAGAAAAAACAACAGUUCUUAGAAACACAAGAUGCUUUAAAAGAUGAACUGAAAAACGUACAGCAGGAAUACGAGAAACUUCAGAAAGAACUGGACGAAAACGAAACACAUAAACAACUGCAAGCUUUAGAACGCAAACUGGCGGUAAUCGAACAAGAUAAUACAGAAUUAAAAGAAUACAUUACGGAGAAAAAAAAUGAAAUGAAUUACGAAUCGAUAAAAGAUCAAACUACGGAAUUCAUACGAAAAUAUAAUGAAGAAUUGAAGGAAAAAUACAAAAGUCCUCUGCCAGAAAUAUAAAACGGAUAUCACGAGAAAUACAUCUGUCAUUUUUCAAAACCAAAGCACGAAGCUCGUCAACGUUAGUCUAAUAAAUAAGUGUAAUACAGUU